UUCAACUCUCUCUGUCUCUCUUAUUUAUAAUCCGUUUUUGAAGGGUUUUUGUUUUCGUUCGAUCUCUGCUUUUGUUGAUCAAUGGCGACUCUCUGCUUUCAAUCUCCUUCCAAACCCAUUUCCUAUUUCCAACCCAAAUCGAAACCAUCGCCGCCGUUAUUCGCGAAAGUCUCCCUCUUUCGAUGCAGAGCUUCCGUACAAACCCUCAUCGCCGUCGAGCCGGAGCCGGUUUUCACCUCCGUCAAGACUUUCGCGCCGGCGACCGUCGCUAACCUAGGACCAGGCUUCGAUUUCUUAGGAUGCGCCGUCGACGGUCUCGGAGACCACGUGACUCUCCGCGUGGAUCCUUCCGUACGCGCCGGCGAGAUCUUAAUCUCGGAGAUCACCGGAACCACGACGAAACUCAGCACGAACCCUCUCCGAAACUGCGCCGGAAUCGCCGCCAUUGCAACGAUGAAGAUGCUAGGGAUCCGAUCCGUUGGUUUAUCGUUGGAUUUGCACAAAGGCCUUCCUUUAGGGAGCGGUCUAGGUUCAAGCGCAGCCAGCGCCGCCGCAGCCGCCGUGGCGGUUAACGAGAUCUUUGGCCGGAAAUUAGGGAGGGAAGAAUUGGUUUUAGCCGGUUUAGAAUCGGAAGCUAAGGUUUCCGGCUAUCACGCCGAUAAUAUAGCACCGGCGAUUAUGGGUGGAUUCGUUCUGAUUAGGAACUACGAGCCACUUGAUCUAAAGCCGUUGAGAUUCCCGGCGGAUAAAGAUCUCUUCUUUGUUCUAGUGAGCCCUGAGUUCGAAGCUCCGACCAAGAAGAUGAGAGCUGCAUUGCCUACAGAGAUUCCGAUGGUUCACCAUGUCUGGAACAGUAGCCAAGCGGCUGCUUUAGUCGCGGCGGUGCUAGAAGGAGACGCGGUGAUGCUUGGGAAGGCUUUGUCGUCGGAUAAAGUUGUUGAGCCGACGAGAGCUCCAUUGAUUCCGGGAAUGGAAGCUGUGAAAAAGGCGGCUUUGGAAGCUGGAGCUUUUGGAUGCACGAUUAGUGGAGCAGGACCAACGGCGGUUGCGGUGAUUGAUGCGGCGGAGAAGGGAGAAAUGAUCGGAGAGAAGAUGGUGGAAGCGUUUUUGAAAGUUGGACACUUGAAAUCUGUUGCUUCUGUGAAGAAGCUUGAUAAGAUUGGUGCUAGGCUUGUCAAUAGCAUCUCCAGAUGAUUUCUGAGUUUUCCUGGGAUUUGGAAUAGAUCUUCCUCUGUAAUUUACAGGUGAUAAUAAAAGAUUCCAACUUUAAACUUUUAUCCACUCAAGAGAGAACUAUAGAGAGAUGGUUUAUUUCAGAACAAGGACAGUGUACUCUGAGUUUUGUUCACUCUCUUUUGUCAUGACUUUGAUUUGAGAGGGAGUUUGUAACAUAUGCAAAGGCUUGACCGGAAGUUUUUAGGGAUUGGAAGUUUAGUGAUUUACGGGUUUGUGAUUUCAAAUAAAACGGUUGUAGCUUUUGGAUAUUUUGAAUGAGUAUUGAUUUACAAGUUAA